UUAACAUCGCGAAUACAGGCGUUGGCCCUCCCAUGGAAAUAUGCCAUGUUCAACUGGGGCCGUCUGCACCUGGACAGCAGGUUCUGGGUAUUUUUCAGCAACAUCACAUCCCACGUGCUCCGGCAAUGGUCCCAGCACAUCAGCCGGUGCUGGGAACGGGAGGACCUCGGCCAGUAGCUGCAGCAGCCCCACUGAACAUGGGGUUGGCACACUCCAAUCGUUCAGGGACUGCUGCUGGUCCACCGCGAAUCACCCUGUCAGGAGGGCGAGUCGGCAGUGCCUACGCGUCUCAAGACUUAGGCAAUGCCCACCCGGCCACUUCAGCCCCUGCACCUGCACGUCCUGGAAUGAGCAACGGCGGGGGAGGUAGGGCAACGAUGUCAGGCUUACCACGAGCUCACAUGCUCAGUGCAGGUGCUGCAAGCCGAGGCGGUGUCGCGUCAUACAGACUGGGAUUAGGCGGAGCAGGGCAACCUGCACCAUCUACUUCGGCAGGACAUGGAAGCCGUAUGAUCCCAGGUCUGGCCCCCGUAGUCUCACCCAACUCCCCGGUCUUAGUCGGGCGUGGACGGGGCAGCCCAAGGGUUAACAGUGCAGGGGACAGCACUGGGCAGCCCAAUCAUACGCAGAGAGGAUGGGGUCCCACCGCAUCAGCUGGUGGUGGUCGUGCAGGGGCACACCCUGGAGGGUCCAACAUGGGUGGCAGAUCCCAACCCAAUGCCAGCGGGGGUGGUAUGAAUGGUGUGGCCCGGGUUGCAGCACCUCUGCCAUCAAAUGGCAGUCAGGGUCGCGCACCAUCGGCGGGCCGAUCAUCUGGUUCUCGCGGACCCAAUGCAGCAGCAUCAACUGGUUUACAGAGGCCGGUUGCUGUGCCCAGGCCUGGAAUUGGUGCCGUGCAGCCCAGGCCGCGUGCUGUCGCGUCUGUAGCUGAAAAAGUUGCACAGAAUACAUAUGCAACAAUGGCUGAUCUGCAAGCACUGCGGGAUGAGCUGCUUGCAGGGCGGCUUUGCAGGCAGUGUGGUGGAUGUGACCAGCAUGGUCCUAACAGGGUGGAUGGCGAAACUCAGAAUGGUGGUUCAAAGGAGGUGGUGGAGCCGGUGCGUGUAAAGACACCGGAGGAAAUUGCCCGCGACUUCAUCAAUGCGGAAAGCGAGGGCUGGCAGAAAUUUUGCAGCAAGCUGGCGACGUGCUUCUUUUGGACAAACCGCGCAAACGACAUCCAACUUUACCCCAACGACACCGAAACCCUGCUUGGAUUUAAAAAAAUGAUGUCACCUGCAGCUGCUCCACACCUUGAGCUUUUGUGGACUUACCGAUGCAAGCAAACCCUGAGAACGGUCGCCGUCACUUACACGAACACUCGGUGCCUCAUCGCCAAAAGGCUUCGCAAGAAGGUGCUACCAGCACUGGGCGUCAAGAGGAGAAACGACCAGGAGAGUGUCGAGGACCCCAAGGAGUUCUUUGACGACGCUGAGCUGUUGAACAGCUACGGGGACGAAGAAUGGGGACCGGACUGGCACGUAGACGACGAAACGAAGUGGCCUUUUUCGAGUGAAACUUUCAGUGCGGGAAUUUUCGCUGCAUUCGUGAGAUCAGGCAUGUCACUGGGGGUAUGGAAGACCCGCCAGAUUGCCUUUGCAUUGUUUGCUCUGGAAUACCCGAUCUUGACAAAGACCGCCGAUGGGAAUUUGAGCAGCAAACCCGACUACAACAGGCCGUUGUAUGAGGACAAAGUCAAGUGGUGCCGGAAAUGGGUGGAGCAUGCGGUCACCAACCUUGGCGUGAGCUAUGAUGACAGCAGGGACGUGUUUGUGUUCGGCAAUGGCAUCCUUAUCGAUGCUAGUGACUACGCAGCUGGAUUCAAGAAGACGACUAUUGUUCUGCAGUAG